AUGCCCAAAGAUAAGGCUUAUGUCUUCGGAUCAGCUACAGCUAUGGCGCGGAAACGUCGCAGACCCAAGAGCUCCAAGCGAGGCAAAGGACGUCGAAAAAGCCCCAGACGUCGCAAAAAUAAGCGCAAAGACUCCAGUUCAGAGGAUGAAAAGCAGCCCAGUGGCAUAAAGCUCUUUGUUGGCCGGUUGCCUCAUGAGGUGACGGAGCAGCAACUCCGAAGUCUGUUCCAAGGUGUCGGUGAAGUGAAGGAGGUCUUCGUGAUCAAUCAGGCUCCCCAAGGGGGCUGUGCCUUUGUACGCCUGGCCACGGUGGAACAGGCCUCUUGGAGAUCUUGGAGGUAA